AUGUCCAGUCAUGGAGACCUGCAGGAGAUGCUGCGCAUGUUCACAACGCGCAAGGUGUCCAUGCUAGGCGCACUGAAGCACGUUCAAGCUUUACAAGCCAAGAACAUCAAAAGGCAUUGUUAUGAUCUGCACCCACGCACGCUACAUUUACUCACACCUUCUAGCAUUGAUCAACUGGCAUCAGCUCCAUUGAGAGAUCUGGAGUUGACACUAUCUGACGCCAGACUCGCAAAGAGUAUACAGAUGGCUUGCAAAUCGCACAGCAAGAAGCGUCCUGCUGAUGCAUCUUCACCCUCCUCACCACCUUCAGCCAAGAAGGCCAAGAUUGAACCGACGAAGCGAGAUCUGGACCUGGGCAGUAUGUCGCCCGAUGAACUAGAAGCAGCUCUCGCCCUGCCCCUGACAGAAGAUGAGGAUGCCAUACGCAGCACGACCAUAGUCACCAACAGGGCGCCGCUACUGUUGGCUUUCGCCAUCGAGUUAAUGAGGGUGACCAUGCCAGAACAACCGCUAAGUAGCAGGCUGAGUCUGGCCCAGGCAGUUGUGAGCGCGAACUCGAGAUCCAAGGCGGUAAGCCUGGGUCUGGAGAAGACGAAAGAAGGCGCCGACGUCUCUGAAGGGCAGCCCAAAGUCAGUGUGAUGGGUCGACAGGUCCCUGUGCUCAAGAGAGGAGGCUACACAUGGAGCGGUGCGCCGUCCACGACGCAGCCUUCUUCCUCGACAGUGGCGCCCGAGGCCUCGCCACAAGGGUGGAAAGCGAGCCAGAAACUAUCGUCACGAGGCUCAACGUUUGUUGCGCAUGCCAUCUUGAUCGACUCCCCAACUCACCGGUCAGACUACAUUACGACUCUGAUGAGUCAACAUCCCUCCCUGGAAAGCGCCACGCACAAUGCCUGGGCCAUCCGUACAAGCUACGGAGCCUCGCCCCUGGUUCAAGAAGCGUCCUUUGACGACGGAGAGACGGGCGCUGGCAAAUUUCUACUGCAAGUCAUGCGAGAGUCAAAGGUCACAAACGCGCUCGUUGUCAUGACGAGAUGGUAUGGAGGUGUCAUGCUGGGGCCUGACCGGUGGCGGCUGAUGAGGGAGGUGACGAAUGACGCUCUGAGCGCGACGCAGCGGAGAGUCGGCAAUCUGGACGGCGGCGAGGCAGUCUGGGCCCUUGACGUCGGGGACACCAAGCCGGUCGACUCUACGAUUGGCAUGGCGAUUCACAGGCCCGAGGGGGCCAGAAAUUACAUCCUGAGGUCGUUUCAGGGGGUCAGCGAAGGCGAGGACAAGAAGAAGACGGUGGCAGCGGCCAAUGACGAAAGGCAGGAGAACCUAGGCCGAUUGCUGGGAGCUUUGCGAAUGCUUUUCGAGAGCUGGAAGGAUGUUGUGGGUCGGCGAGAGCUGGAUAGCAAAGCCUGGAGCUGUCUACCGAGAGCCACCUUCGCCAUGGAGAAUUAUCAGAAGCUGGAAAAGGUCGGUGAGGGUACCUACGGUGUUGUCUACAAGGCUCGAGACCUGUCAAAUGGCGGUGCCAUUGUGGCCCUGAAGAAGAUCCGACUCGAGGCCGAAGACGAAGGUGUCCCAAGCACGGCCAUCCGCGAGAUCUCGCUGCUCAAGGAGAUGAAGGAUGACAACGUGCUGCGCCUACUCAACAUUGUACACGCGGACGGCCACAAGCUCUACCUCGUCCUCGAGUUCCUCGAGCUCGACCUGAAGAAGUUUAUGGAGUCCCUCCCCGUCUCCGAGGGCGGACGUGGCAAGUCGCUGCCCGACGGCGUGAGCCGCCGCGUGCAGGCCAUGGGCAUGGGUGACGCCGUGGUGCGCAAGUUCAUGAUGCACCUCUGCCUGGGACUGCGCUACUGCCACUCGCACCGCGUGCUGCACCGCGACCUCAAGCCGCAGAACCUCCUCAUUGACGCCGAAGGCAACCUGAAGCUGGGCGAUUUCGGUCUGGCGAGGGCGUUUGGCGUCCCGCUCCGGACGUACACGCACGAGGUCGUCACGCUGUGGUACCGCGCGCCCGAGAUCUUGCUGGGCGGGAGACAAUACUCGACCGGUGUCGACAUGUGGUCGGUUGGCUGCAUCUUUGCCGAGAUGUGUACGCGCAAGCCCCUUUUUCCCGGUGACUCUGAGAUUGACGAGAUCUUCAAGAUCUUCCGUGUUCUCGGAACGCCCUACGAAGACGUCUGGCCUGGCGUCACGUCGUACCCCGACUACAAGGCAACGUUUCCCAAGUGGCGCCGCGACUACGGCGCUGCUCUCUGCCACAACCUGGAUGACAGAGGUCUCGACUUGCUGGAGAUGAUGCUCGUGUAUGAUCCUGCGGGACGCAUCUCCGCCAAGUCGGCCGUCAACCACCCCUACUUUGAGGGGUACUGGGACGAGGAGAAGCUGACAAACGGAGACACGCACUAG